CUGCUUCGGCAGACAAUUUGGUUGAUCAAUGCACGACGCGAGUGCAGUGCUGUUGUGCGCCGAUGCACGCACUGUUUCCGGUAUAAGCCACGGUUAAUGUCGCAAAUAAUGGGAAACCUGCCUCUUGACCGUGUCAGAAUCAGUCGACCCUUUAGAAUAAGCGGAGUCGAUCUCUUCGGUCCAAUCCGAGUGUCGCUAGGAGUGCGUGGCAAGGCAGCUUUAAAAAUAUUUGUUGGGCGGCGCGGCCCGCUCAAUCGACUGUACUGCGACAAUGCAACCAAUUUUGUUGGUUCCUCACGGCUGCUUCAGGAGAUGGCCUCCGAUGUCCGCAGCACACUGGGAACGUACGGCGUCCAUCACCAGGUUGAGUUCGUCUUCAUUCAGCCCCGGUCGCCUCAUUUCGGGGGCCUAUGGGAGGCCGCCGUCAAGUCCGCCAAACACCUCUUUUCGAGGGCCGUCGGAAACGCCUUGCUGAAGGAGGACGAAGUCCAGACGAUCCUGGUUGAAUUGGAAGCAGUGCUUAACUCGCGUCCGCUAGUAGCUGACAGCAGCAACCCUAACGACGGAGAGGCUAUUACUCCAGCCCACUUUCUGGUAGGCACCACGCUCGCUGCUCUACCCCCAGGAUCGGCACCUCCUCAGCCGGACGACGACCUAACUCAUCUACAACGCUGGCAGCUUAUAUCAGCCAUCAAGCGACGGUUUUGGCGAGACUGGUCCCGUGACUACAUAGCGGGGCUGCAGCAAAGAGUUAAGUGGACAAAGGAAUCGGCCAACAUUCUACCAGGAACCAUCGUCGUCAUCAAAGAGGACAAUUUACCGCCCCAGAAGUGGCUGCUCGGCAGAGUCACCGAAGUAACGCACGGAUCGGAUAGCAAGGUGCGCGUUGCUCUAGUAAAAACCAAGCAAGGCGUAUACAAACGAUCAGUACAUCAUCUGGCACCUCUUCCCAUUAAUUGAAGGCCUACAGCGCUUCAACGCGGGCGAUGUUUGGUCAUCUCACUGUUUGUUUUGUUUUCUAUGGUCGUUGCGAUGCCGACU